AACCACCUAUUAACCACUUAAUUUUAAUUUUAUUUUAUUUUUGAAACUUAGUAGGAGAGUUUCUAUGUCUUCACUCUCCCAAAAAUGUUGGUAACGCACGCGCCUCCCCGCUGGACAAAACCUCUUGUAUUGGACGGCAUUCUUUCUUCGUUAUCUUCACGCAUUGUGUCUCACCGACAAACUCCGGCAAUCAAACUUCUCAACUCCCAUUAUCGCCGGAACUCGUGCCGUACCACUGCUAUGGCAGCACCCAAAGUCGAUUCAUCGGGCGAGUCAUUGCCGGAACACGCCGCCGGGAAGUGGUACUCAGUACAAGAUCUCCGUCUCCGAGAUCACCGUUUCACUGUUCCUCUGAAUUACAGAGAUCCCGCUACUUCCUUAAAGAUCUCCAUUUUCACUCGGGAAGUCGUUGCUGUUGGUAAAGAAGAUCAACCACUGCCAUACCUCCUGUUUCUGCAAGGUGGACCGGGUUUUGAAUCCCCGAGACCAACCGAAGGCAGUGGAUGGAUACUUAAAGCUUGUGAGGAGUUUCAUGUUAUAUUAAUGGAUCAGAGAGGAACAGGAUUAUCAACUCCGCUGACAACAUCGUCUAUGCUGCAAUUUAAGUCUGCCCGGGAUUUGGCUGAUUACUUGAAACAUUUUCGUGCUGACAGUAUAGUCAAUGAUGCUGAGUUUAUCCGUGUUCGUCUUGUUCCUGGUUCUGGAACUUGGACAGUUUUGGGCCAGAGCUAUGGAGGUUUUUGUGCCAUCACCUAUUUGAGUUUUGCACCACAAGCAUUGAAACAAGUGCUUCUGACUGGAGGAAUACCUCCAAUUGGAGAUGGAUGCACUGCAGAUACUGUUUAUGGAGCUUGCUUUGAGCAGGUUGCUCGUCAGAAUGAAAACAACUACAAGAGGUAUCCUCAGGAUAUUGAAGUUGUUCGUGAAGUUGUAAAUUAUUUGGCAGAAUCUGAAGGGGGUGGGGUUCCUCUUCCAUCUGGGGGCAUCUUGACCCCCAGGGGGCUGCAACUUCUUGGUCUUUCUGGUUUAGGAUCUAGUGCAGGUUUUGAGCGCCUUCAUUAUCUGUUUGAGAGGGUCUGGGAUCCUGUAAUAGUCCCAGGAGUACCUAAGAAGAUUAGUUUCUACUUCUUGAAUGCUGUAAGUUUGACAAUUGAUUGGGUUUUGAUUCAAACCCACUCUAUGCUCUUAUCCACGAGUCAAUUUAUUGUCAGGUAGAUUUUGCUGUUUAUUCUAUUCCAUUUGCUUGAUGAGCGACAUUUUGCUGCGUACGUUACCCUUAAAAAGGAAGGAAAAAAAUCAGCAAGUGGUUGAACAGGUUUUACCAUGGCCAAAUCCAAACAAUACCAUUAGGACUCUUAUCUCAGUUGCAAUAUUCCACUCACAUGCAUAUAUGAUUUGAUUUUUGAGUUAUUUGUUGUUUCUUAGUUCUAUAAAGGGUGCUUCAUCUCGUUGGCUGCUCAACGAUUGAGGGCUAAACAUGAGAACAAAUUUGAUGCAAUCAAGGCUGCAGGUGAAGGACGCCCUGUACUUUGUACAGGGGAGGUAAGACCAUUGUGUUUUAUUGAUUGCAAGUUUGCAACUGCAACAUUUACAUGCAAGCAUCAGAGUCUGUUUGACAUAGAUCUCUGAGAAAGCCACUAGCCUUCUGAACAAACCUUCUGCAGUAGCAGCACGACAAGUGCCUGAGUGUCUAAGAGCAAAUAUACAACCACGUGAUGAACUGGUUAUGGCAGCCAAUGCCAUACCACUCAGUGACAUGAAUAACAGAAGAGUGGUGAGUGCACAGAGCAAAAUGAUCAGAAAGAAAAAGCUAGAAACUGGGACGUUAUAAAAGGAAAUGAAGCCAGCAGAACAAUGAGAAAUACCACAAAUAGAACUUAGCCUUACAGUAAAUUGAGGUUACUUACAAACUCAAGUACUUGACCUUAUUGAAACAGUUCUGAGUAUUAAACAAAUAGAACUUUC